GAGAUAAUUGCGUUUAACCAUUACGAAACCCCAUUUUCCAUAACUGACCAUCACCACCACCCCUCGCCACCCUAUCACCACCUCCUUCUCGCCCUCCGUUCAUGGCUCUUUGGCUGAGGGUGAGAUUCAUCAACCCUUUUCGGGAUCACAACACCAUUGAACUUUACCAAUCCUGUAUUUUUCUUUUCAUUAACAAUAAUUCUUCUCUGUCAAAGAUAAGUUUUUUGAUUCUUUAAUUUUAGGAAAUAAAUUAAAAGGUCCGCCGUUAAUAUAUGGCGGACAUAGUGAAACAAAUCCUAGCAAGGCCAAUACAAUUAGCGGACCAUAUAACAAAGGCCGCUGUCGAUGUUAAUAACUUCGAACAAGAUUGUCUGGACAUCAAAACCAAAACAGAGAAGUUAGCUGCGCUUCUCCGACAGGCUGCCCGUUCCAGCAACGACUUGUACGAACGUCCAACACGUCGAAUCAUCGAUGACACAGAGCAAGUUCUUGACAAGGCCCUUACCCUCAUUUUCAAAUGCCGUGCCAAUGGUUUGAGACGUGUUUUCACCAUCAUCCCUGCUGCUGCUUUUAGGAAAACAAUCCAACAGCUCGAGAAUUCUAUUGGUGAUGUUUCUUGGCUCCUUCGUGUUUCCACCCCUGCUGAUGAUGGGGAUAAUGAAUAUCUAGGCCUUCCUCCCAUAGCUGCAAAUGAACCAAUUUUGUGCCUUAUAUGGGAACAGAUAGCUAUCUUGUGUUCGGGCUCGAUAGAGGAACGUUCGGAUGCAGCAGCUUCUCUUGUCUCGUUGGCUCGUGACAACGAUCGCUAUGGAAAGUUGAUUAUAGAGGAAGGUGGGGUUGGACCAUUGUUGAAAUUGGCCAAAGAAGGAAGAAUGGAGGGUCAGGAGAGUGCGUCAAGGGCCAUUGGCUUACUUGGCCGUGAUCCGGAAAGCGUCGAACACAUUGUGAAUGCUGGUGUGUGCUCUGUGUUUGCAAAAAUCCUCAAAGAUGGGAACAUGAAGGUUCAGGUUGUGGUGGCUUGGGCUAUCUCAGAAUUGGCUGCACAUCAUCCCAAAUGUCAAGAUCAUUUUGCUCAGACUAAUACUAUUAGAUUACUGGUUAGUCAUCUUGCCUUUGAAACCAUUCAAGAACAUAGUAAGUAUGCUAUUGCUAGUAAACAGACCAUGUCCAUUAACAAUAUUGUGAUGGCCAAUACCAAUUCUACUACUACUGUCAAAGACGGUGAUGUAGAUGGUAGUCAAAUUUCACAUCCAAUGGGUGAUCACAAAACCACCCAAAUGCAUAAUUUGGUAGCGAAUAUGAUGGCCCUGAAAUCGAAAGACAAUGCUACGAUGAACAAUAAUAUACCAAAGCCUAACCAACAACACAACCCAGUACAUCAUCCUCAUCAUGAGCAGAAGCAGCACCAAGUCACCUUGUCCGGGACUAGCAUUAAGGGGAAGAGGGAGAGCGAAGAUCCUGCUACAAAGGCCGAAAUGAAAGCAAUGGCUGCCAGAGCACUUAGGCACCUUUGCGCGGGAAAUGCUGCCAUCUGCAGUAGUAUUACAGAAUCCAGAGCACUUUUAUGCCUAGCAGUUUUGCUGGAGAAGGGACCUGAUGAAGUACAAUAUCAUUCGGCUAUGGCACUAAUGGAGAUCACAGCAGUAGCUGAGACAAACUCAGACUUGCGACAUUCUGCUUUCAAGCCCACUGCACCUGCUGCCAAAGCUGUCGUAGACCAGUUCUUGAGAAUCAUUGAAAAGGAAGACUUGGAACUGCUCGUUCCCAGCAUCCAAUCGAUAGGGCACCUCGCUAGGACAUUUCGAGCAACUGAGACAAGAAUCAUUGGUCCAUUGGUGAAACUACUAGAUGAUAGGGAACCGGAUGUAACACGAGAAGCUGCAAUUGCACUUAAGAAAUUUGCUUGCACAGAAAAUUUUCUUAGAGUCAAUCACUGCAAGGCUAUAAUAGAGGCAGGAGGCACCAAGCACCUAGUUCCACUAAUUUACUUUGGGGAACAAAUGGUUCAGAUUCCUUCUCUGAUUCUCUUGAGUUACAUAGCAAUGCAUGUUCCUGACAAUGAGGCAUUAGGUGAGGACAAUGUAUAUCGAGUAUUGGAGUGGUCGUCGAAGCAGGGGCACCUAAUGCAAGAUCCCAUUGUUGACGAUCUAGUUAACAGAGGCAGAGAAAGUAUGGAACUUUAUCAGUCCAGGCAUUGAUCUUAUCAAAAUUUUGUAGUAAUUCUUACUCGGUUUGUCAAAAUUUUGGUACUUUAGCUUGCUGUUAGUUUGUUCACUUGUCGUGCAGUGUACAUAGAUUAGCGUCUUCUGUAUAUUAUAACAAGGACCUUUGAAUCAUUAGCCUUGUCUAUUCGACAAUAGAACAUUCAGGCUACUGUUCUAAGUUCUGCUUUUGCACUCAUGAAUGUAUUAGGGUUACUUCUUAA